ACCGCGUGCGGUGCGGACCAGUGUGCUCGCUCCACCGCGCCGUCCGCGCGAGUCCCCAUGUCCGGAGUGCGCGCGCGCGUGUGAGUGAGAGGGAGAGAGAGGGAGGCAGCGUGUGUGAGUGCGACGACGCAGUGCCCUUCCCAGCGGUGUGCAUGUGGACUAUUUCUGCAACUAGUGAAAGGACAGAUCACCUGCGGAUAUGAAGAAGCACUUAAAGAUAUGGAGCCAUUGUUGGCACGUGCUAGUUCUACACUUUUUACAUUCUAUUAUAAUGGCGUCCCUGGUGCAGGGACAAUGCUUCGGCGGGACGGAGACGUACGAGAAGACGACGGGGGUCAAGUUCUUGUUCGGCGCGUCGCAGGGCAUCCUCACGCAGCCGGGCACGGGCAUCACCCGCGACUGCACCGCCAUCUGCCGGCAGACGCCGACCUGCGCCGGCUUCACGGUCGAUUACGAAGCUUCUAGAUGCCAGUCCUACAGUGCCGACUCCAGCGGCCACCGGUCCAGCCUCCACGACGCCCUGGGCAGCAAUUACUUCGAGAAGAUUUGUCUGCGAGGAGUGUCCAACCUGAACGCCAUGUGCGGCGACCGGCUCUGGGCGUUCGAGCGCGUGGUGGGCGCGUUCCUGGACGGCUUCGACGACCGCGAGGAGCACAACGUGCAGACCAAGACCGAGUGCGAGAAGCUGUGUCUCUUCGAGACGGCCUUCACCUGCAGGUCCGCCGAGUUCGACGAGGGGCAGAACAUCUGCAGGCUGAGCAGGGAGGACCGGAGGAGCCAGCCCAGCGCCUUCAGGAGGCAGCCGGGCAGCUCGGUGGACUACCUGGAGAACCAGUGUGUGCGCUCACUGCCGGACUGCCGCUACAACGUGCGCCCGGGCUUCUCCGUGGUGUCCAUGGACGAGCUCCAGUUCGCCGCCAGCCAGUCCGAGUGCGAGGCGCUGUGCGACCAGGCGCGGGGCUUCACGUGCAGGGCCUUCACGUACGCGGCGGACGAGAAGCGCUGCUACCUCAGCGGCGACGACUCCAUCUCGCUCAGCAACGCGCCGCUCGCCAUCAAGCGCGGCGGCGUCUACGCCGAGAAGCAGUGCAGCAUCAGCCAGUGCGACGACGGCCUGUUCACGUUCGAGAAGGUGACGGGGCACUUCCUGCGCUCCGCCCAGCAGGUGGGGCUGGCCAUGGCGUCGUCGCCGGGGGUGACCCUGGAGUGCGGCGCGCGCUGCCUGGAGGCGGGGUCGGACUGCCCGGCCUUCUCGCUGGACUACGCCGCCAUGAAGUGCUUCAAGCUGGACCGCAACACGCAGGGCCGCGGCUCGGAGCUGUCGCCCCGCGAGGGCCAGACGUACUUCGAGAAGAUCUGCCUGCGGGGCAAUGUGCGCGGCUGCGUGGGCAGGGCCUGGGCCUUCGAGCGGCGGCCCGGCAAGGAGCUGCGCGGCCUGGACGACGUCAAGCUGCCCCUGGUGCAGACGCGCCGUGACUGCCUGGAGGCCUGCCUGGCCGAGCGCCGCUUCGACUGCCGCUCCGCCGAGUACGACGCGCAGACGGCCGAGUGCCGCCUCAGCGCCGAGGACCGGCGCACGCGGCCCUCCGAGUACGUGGACGCGCCCUCGCACGUCGAGUACCUGGAGAACCAGUGCCUGCCGCCCGAGCCGCGGUGCACCUUCGAGUCGGUGGCCAACUCGUACCCGCGCUACCUGGACCUGGUGCUGCCCCUGGUGGCGGACGAGCGCGAUUGCGAGCGCCGCUGCUACUCGUACACCGACUUCAUCUGCCGCUCCUACUCGUACUACCCCAGCGGCUCCCAGUGCUUCAUCAGCGGUGACGACCGACCCUCGGCCGGCGCCGAGGCCCUGAUGAGCCGGCCCGGCACCAACUACCUGGAGCGGAACUGCCACCACACGGGCCCGGGCGGGAUCCCCAUUCCCGGCCCCGGGGGCCUCAUAGGGCCCGGCUUCGGGGGCCUGGGGCCACUGCCCGGCCGGCCCCUCGACCCCUCAGGCGGCCGGUGUCCCGGGGGCGGCCGUCCGGAGUUCGAGAAGGUGGCGGGCUACGAGCUGUCGGCGGGGCGCGCCUACAACCUGGAGCGCGACACGGCGCCCGGCGUGGCCGUGCAGUGCGCGCAGCUGUGCCGCUCCGACCCGCGCUGCGGCGCCUUCAACCUGGACUACGCGCGCUCCGAGUGCACGGCCCUGGAGGGCGAGCCGAGCGCCACGCGGCAGCGCGUCGACCUGCGCCCCGUGCCCGGCGUCGCGUACUUCGAGGCCAUCUGCCUGCGCGGCGGCGGCUGCGGCCUGGCCUGGACCUUCGAGCGCCACGUCAACCUGGAGCUGCGCGGCUACGACCGCGUCAUGAUCCCCGGCCUCACCAAGACCGAGUGCGAGGACCGGUGCGCCGACGAGCGCACCUUCCUGUGCCGCUCCGCCACGUACAACUACCGUCGCCAGGAGUGCCGCCUCAGCACCGAGGACCGGCACACCCAGCCGCAUGCCUUCCUGCCCUCCGCCGAGGCCGACUACCUGGAGAACCAGUGUGCCUCCCUCGCGGCGCCCCUGGAGCGCUGCGUGUACCGCAACCAGCAGCGCGACCGCCAGCUCGUCUACACCGACAAGGCCCUGUCCACCUUCAGCGACUCGAGCUGCCAGCACGCCUGCGACGUGGAGCGGGAGUUCCUCUGCCGCUCCUACACCUUCCUCAGCACUACGGGCCUCAACUCCCACCAGUGCCUGCUGAGCGGCAGCCUGGGCUCCUCCAUGGACAGCACGGCCUACCAGGCGCAGAGCGGCGCGCUGUACGCCGAGCGCGAGUGCACGGGGCCGCCCAUGCUCAACCCGACGGGCCCGGGGAUCGGCGGUCCUGGUGGCCUGCUGGGGCCGCUGGGCCCCACUAUCGGGCCCACCAUCGGGCCCACUCUCGGGCCCAGCUCGUCGCCCAUCCCACCCACGGCGGGGGCCUUCUACCCGAGACCCGGCGGCUACCCGAGCUUCCCGCUGCUGCCCGGCAGGCACGCGGGCGGCGCGGUGGCCGUGACGCCGUACCCCACGGGGGUGUACCCGGCGGGCGGCGGCGGCGCGUACGCGGGGGCCUACCCGCCCGGCGCCUUCUCGUCGCCGUCGCCCUUCCCGCCCGGGCCCGACCGCAACUUCCCGGGCAACUUCCCCACCGGCACCUCCACUGGCGGCGGCUUCGGGACGGGCUUCGGCACCGGGACCGGCUUCUCCACGGGGCCGGGCGGUGCCGUCGGCAACGCCGUCAGCGCCUACUCCCCCAAGCCCGGCGUGCCGGACCCCAUCCUCAACCCGUACCCCUGCAGGGGCACGCUCUCCUACGAGAAGGUCGCGGGCGCCACCUACACCCCGGCCAGGAGGGACGCGAUUCGAACCCGCGGCGACAUUGGCAUCUCCGGCGAGUGCCUGGUGGAGUGCGCGCAGCAGCGGGAGCGCUGCCUCGCCGUCAGUCUGGAGAACGUCCGCGGCGGCCGGCAGCGCUGCUACUCCCUGGACCGCUCCUCCGACGCCGAGGCCGCGCCGCUCGCCGCCGCGCCCGACCUUGCCUACUUCCAGAAGAUCUGCCUGCAGGAGCGGCCGUGCCCCAAGGCGUGGGUGUUCAACCGCGUCCCCAGCUACGAGCUGGUGGGCUCCAACUCGAUCGAAGUGAGGAACAUCUUCAGCAGGCGGCAGUGCCAGGACGAGUGCCUCCGGUCGACGCGAGUCGUGUGCAGGUCCGCCACGUACUACGCGCGCGACCAGCUCUGCAAGCUGAGCCCCGAGACAAGGCGCACGCAGCCCCACACCUUCAGGAGGGCCACCCCCGACGUGGACUACAUGGAGAACGAGUGCGCACCGCAGCCACCCAACUGCGAGUACUCCGACUCGCCCGGCCGCUUCCUGCCCUACACGGACCGCUACGUGGCGCGCACCUUCGACGUCAACGAGUGCAAGAGGCUGUGCGACCAGGAGCGCGAGUUCCAGUGCCGGUCCUUCAACUUCCACGCCGUCAGGAGGGACUGCUUCUUGUCCUCGGACGACACGUUCGCGGCGGACCGCGCCGCCCUCAUGCUGGACCGCGACUUCUACUACAGCGAGAGGGGCUCCUGCAGCAACGUGCGGGUGGACUGCACGCAGUCCGACAUGCUCAUCACGUUCCUGUUCGGCGCGCCGUUCGAGGGCCGCGUGUACGCCACCGGCAACCCGCAGGCCUGCUUCGAGAUGGGCAGCGGCCAGGCCCAGCUGGUGCUGCGCAUCCCCAUGGGCACGCAGUGCGGCACCGUGCAGCAGGGCCGGGGCCGGUACGUGAAUCACGUGGUGAUCCAGCAGAACCCGGUCAUCAUGCAGGAGACGGACAAGACCGUGCGCGUGGAGUGCUCCUUCGACGCCAGCGACCAGACGGUGUCCUACGCGCCGUCCGGCACGCGGGACCAGGAGGGCGGCGGCAUCUCCGUCACCGUGCCGUUCCGGCCGUCCGGCGCCAACAUCGUGACGAACACGGCGCCGACCCCCAACGUGCGCAUGCGCAUCGUGACGCGGGCGGGCCAGGAGGCCGCCGUCGUGGGGCUCGGUGAGGAGCUGCAGCUGCGCGUCGAGAUCGACCCCACCAGCGCGUUCGGCAUCUUCGCGCGCAACCUGGAGGCGCGCACGGACAACGGCGAGCUGCUCACCCUCAUCGACAACGUGGGCUGCCCCCGCGACCCCAUCAUCUUCCCCGCGCUGCAGGUGGAGCGCGGCGCCAGGGACCUGUCCGCCGACUUCAAGGCCUUCCGCUUCCCCUCCACCGCCACCGUCAACUUCGUCGCCACGGUCCAGUUCUGCCAGGACAUCUGCGAGCCGAUUCGCUGCUACAACGGCGUGCACUCGUUCGGGAGGCGCCGGCGUCGCUCCGCCAACGACACCGCCCUGGACGGUCACGACGACGAGGCGGUCCUGGAGGCCGUGGUGGAGGGCAGCAACGCUAUGGUGCACGCCCUCGCGCUGGCGAACCAGACCACCAGCACCUCCACGACGACGACCACCACCACCACUUCCACCACCAGUGCGCCGAGGCCCUCGACGCCGUCAACCACGACGCGCGCGGCAGAGGCGUCGACCACGGAGUCGUCCUGGGCGACGACAAGUUCGACCCCAAGCACGACUUCCACCACGUCGCCGACGUCCGCCGCCCCGACCACCAGCUCGACGACCACCACGACCACCUCGACCACGACCGCCAAGCCGGAAGCCGACCUCCCCAGUGAGCUUCCGCUGCAGCUGCGGCUCGUCGUCGGCGAGGACUCGAUGCCCAAGCCCAAGCCCAAGGCCAACUCCGUGCCCGUGCUGGCGGACGGCAGUCGGCCGGCCAGCGUGGUGCAGACCCAGGGCGCGGACGUCAACGCCAGCCCAGUGGAGAACGCAGACUGCGCCUCGCAGUCCUCCCUCAUCGCAGCCACCACGUCGCUCAUGCUGCUGAACGCCGUCCUGUGCGUCGGCUUCGUCUUCUUCUACCGCGUGCGGAAGAAGCAGUGGAGCAAGGCGGGAGACCCGAGCCCACACUUCGCGCCAGUGCAAGUUGGGGUCCCGGAAGUCUUGUUCAGGAAUGUCUACGACAGGCUGCCGCCGAACCCGUCCUUGUCCUUCUCGACGCUCAGUUCACAUCAACUUAGCAGCACAUGAUACUAAAUUGAACCUUUUUUUUGUUCGACUUCAAAAUGAAUAUGUCUUACCGAUAUGAGAUAUUGAGGGAGUACCAAUUAAUUGAAUGCAAUGUAAGCUUGUUAAGCUGCGUUAAAAGAAUAAUCCAUCUCGCGGUCAUAUGCACGACUCUGGGUCAUUCAUGUGCAGCUGAGUUGUUGCUGCUGGUCAGGUACUUCCCCUAUCUUACGGUGUUUGGUGCAGAGUCACUGGCUGCAAGGCUAAAUUUUUCAGAUUUCAAUAGCACUAAAAUAGAACUGUGAAUUUUUGUUUCAAGAAAGAGAAGUUAGGUCCUCAAAAUGUGUUUUGCCUAACAGAUGGAGGUUUCAUCUCCUUGAACUGCUAUCAAUGAUGGUUUAAAAUUUGGUUGUUUUGCCUGGUUCAAUAUCCUAGAGACAUCCUCUCCUGUUUUCCAUGAGAAGACAAUUUCUUUUUUUAUGUGUAUGAGUGGUUCAUGUGUGUGUGAGUGCAUAUAAGUGUGUGUGUGCAUGUGUGUGGCUGCAAGUUUCUAUUUGAGUGCGUGUUUGUGAUCUUGAGAAAGAGAAUGUGUUCUAUUUAUUUUAUUCUUUGCCAUACGUGGCUUUUUGAUAAUGAUCUGUUUUUUUUUAGAAGCACUCAAGUGAGAGGUCACCGAUAUUUCCAUUAUUUUUGAAAUUAGAUAAGAUGAAGCUAGUCAUGACGCAUAAUUGAGUGACAUUAAGAUUAGAUUUGGAUCUUAAAUAUUCAAAAUUACCCUUUUUACAUAAGGGUCUCAUCUAGCCAUCCACCAGCUUCAUACCGGUUUUUCAAAUGUUUGUGCUUGUUAAUUGCAAUGUACAGAACACACAUCUACACUUACUAUUCAUUAUUGUAGGAGUUGUACAUUUUAGUUGAUAUCUUGUUAAUUAAGGUGCACAUAAGAGUACUGAAUUCUUAAAAUUUUAUGUAGCAUUAUAAAAAUAAAGAGACGGCUCUACUA